AUGCGCAGCCUGAAGAUGCAGGCCGGUGACCCCGCGGUGGCAGCGGCUCUGGCCGGAGCACAGAGCCGGUCGGAGGAUGAAGACUCGCUCGUGGUCAAAGAGCUGAAGCGGUCGUCCACUCAGGCGUUCGGAGGAAUGGAGCCCAAACGCAGAAGCUCCUCCAGGUCGAUAAAGAGGAAGAAGUUUGACGAUGAGCUGGUGGAGAGCAGCUUGGUGAAGUCCUCGACUCGAGUGAAGGGUCCUCCGCUCAUGGAGCCGCUGAGGUGUCCGGGGAGCGAGGCCUCGGCUGCGGACCGGAGGAAGCUGCCAAAGCCCGGCUCCUCUCUCACGCCUCCUCUCACCAUGAUGCUGAACCCGCCGAUGGCCAAGCGAGUGAAGAAGAGCAAACAGCCGCUGCACGUGACCAAAGACCUGGGACGAUGGAAGCCCUCGGACGACCUGCUGCUGAUCAACGCUGUGCUGCAGACCACAGACCUGACGCUGGUUCAUUUAGGCGUCAAGUUCAGCUGCAGGUUCACUCUGAGAGAAAUAAAGGAGCGAUGGUACUCCCUGCUCUACGACCCGGUCAUCUCCAAACUGGCCUGGCAGGCGAUGAGACAGCUCCACCCAGAGGCCAUUGCUGCCAUCCAGAGUAAAGCCCUGUUCAGCCAGAGUGAGGAGGCCCUGCUCUCCAAGAUCCCCUCAAGCACUCAGCCCAAACUGGACGUGUUCCAGGACCUGCUGCACAAACAGUCGUCCGUCUUCCACCCGUCGCGCUCCGCUAAGAGUCUGCUGGUGCACUGGCAGCUGUUGAAGCAGUACUACCUGCUGGACGACCAGAGCGUUCAACCGCUGCCCAAAGGAGACCAGGUCCUGAACUUCUCUGACGCAGAACAGAUGAUCGACGACGUCAAGUUAAAAGAGGGGCGGGACGAGGCGCUGGAGCACGAGCUCAUGGUUUCAGACCGGCAUCAAAAAAGAGAGAUUCGACAGCUGGAACAGGAGCUGCCGCGGUGGCAAGUCCUGGUGGACAACAUCACAGGGAUGAGCAUGCCGGAUUUCGAUAACCAGACGUUGGCCGCGUUACGAGGACGAAUGGUGCGGUACCUCAUGAGAUCCAGAGAGAUUACUCUGGGACGAGCCACGAAAGACAAACAGAUCGACGUGGAUCUGUCCCUUGAGGGUCCGGCCUGGAAGAUCUCCAGGAGACAAGGAGUCAUUAAACUGAAGAACAACGGGGAUUUCUUUAUCGUGAAUGAAGGACGGCGGCCGAUCUACAUCGACGGGCGACCGGUUUUACCCGGAAACAAGUGGAAACUCAACAACAACUCAGUGGUCGAGAUUGCUGGUCUACGGUUUGUUUUCUUAAUAAACAUGGAGCUGAUUUCGCUGAUCAAAGCCGAAGCUGCUAAAAUGGCCCAGCAGUGA